UUGACUCUGCCAGAAAUGUGGCAGCAGAUCUACACCAGCAGAUGCAGUCUCUCCAGGGGGAAUCCUAAGGAGAGUAAACCCCAAGUGGGGACCACUCGCCAACAGAACACAAACCGCAGAGACCAACAAAGGAACCUGGGGACCUCUACCACUCCGGCCAGGCCCAAUCCUGGAGGUGUCCAAGACACUGAGAUGGGCCCAUGCCGCAAACAUCUGGACUCAGUGCUACGGCAACUCCAGACCGAAAUCUUCCGAGGGUCUCAAACUCUCUAUGUGCCUAACUGUGACCAUCGGGGCUUCUACCGGAAGCGGCAGUGCCGCUCCUCCCAGGGGCAGCGCCGAGGGCCCUGCUGGUGCGUGGACCGGAUGGGCCAGCCCCUGCCAGCAUCCGCGGACAGCAAUGGCGGCUCCCCCUGCUCCGCAGGGAGCAGUGGCUAAGGCUGGGUGGGGUCCUGCAGGGCCACUGGCAGGAGCCUGGGGCUGUCAUCUUGGGUCAUUUGUUGAGUAAUGAGUAACUCAGUCCCACAUUCCACCUUCAGGCCCUGCCCCAUUGCCCCCUUAUCCCUGAGAUAUCACACAUGGAAAAGUUGUUGGUGUUGGCUUGGGGUGUUAAUAAAGCUGUUUUGGGGGCUCUGGUCUA